AUGGCACAUCUUGGCAGCGGAGGUCUGGCCGGCGCACACUUCGUCAUCACGAGGCCACGGACCGGCGAGGUGCUAGUUGAGGUGACGCCAUUGCCCUCCUCCUCCUCCACACCAGCGCCCGCAUCCGCCGAGGUGAAGAGCUGCGGCCUGUUCAGUGAUGCCUUCGAUUUCGUCGGAGAGGCGCAAGCGAGGAGUUACGAAUUCUUUGGUCGCAACAUGGCGAAUGGGGCGGGGGCGACAUGCGCAACAGGCGCUGAUGGCGCUCGGAGCCGCAGGAAACAGAACGUGGACGCAAUGGUGGCGUGCGACGCACCGAGCAGCACCUUCAUGGACUCUGCGGAGUGGGAGGGCGGCGACGCGGAGAGCGACGGCUCCGAUGAGGCGGGCGAGAGUGACGGUGACGGUGAAGCCGUCGGGAUGAGUGACGCACCACCUGCAAAGAGGCUUCACAAUUAA